UCCUCUCUCCCACUCUCUUUUCUCCCUACAACAACAUCAACCGAAACAAAAUCUAACUUUCCACGAACAACAACCGAAACACCCACCAUGCCCUCUCCAUCCACGCCCCUGGCCGGAGCCGACGCCGCCCCUGCCACCGCCCACGCCGCCACCGUGUUGACCUCCAUCCACCCGGACGUGAUCCGGACCCACAUCCUCACCCGCCUCGAUGGCCCCGCCCUCGUCGCCGCGACCUCCGCCUCCUCCCAGCUCCACUCCCUCUCCUCCUCCAACGACUGCCUCUGGCGAGACGUCUGCAUCGCUGCGUGGCCCUCUGUCCGCGACCCCCGCGUCGCUGAGGCCAUCGCUACCUUCCCCUCCGGCCACCGCUCCUUCUUCUCCGAUUCCUACCCCGUCCUCCACCACCAUAAGCUGCGCCGCCGCCGCUCGCCGCCGCCCCCAAUGGCCGAGUGUUUGAUCUCGGCCGUUGAUGUCCACUACGAGGGCGAGGCAAUAUUCUCCAAGGUCCACGAGACGGAGACGGUGUCCGGGUGGUUCGAGUGCUCGCCAUUCCGGGUCGACCUACUCGACCUGAAAGAGUCCGUCCCGACCAGGAUCCAGAAACCCGGGGGGACGCCCGAUGAGGCCUGGCUGAGGCACCUGGAGGAGAGCCUGUCCCUGAGCUGGAUCGUGGUGGACCCGGCCCGGAAGCGCGCGGCGAACUUCUCAACCCGGAGGCCGGUCUCAGUGCAGCGGCACUGGCUGACCGGGGACGUGCAGGUGCAGUACGUGACGGUGGUGGCCGGAGGGCCGCCGGGGUCGGCGGCGGAGCACGUGCAGUGCACGGCGACGGUCACGUGCGGGGGGAAGGAGGGCGGGGGGCUGCACGUGAGGGAGGUGAGCUUUCAGGUGGAGGACAUGGAAGGGAAGAGCCUGAGCGGGAAGGACAGCCUGGCGAUCCUCGGGGAGGCCAUGGAGAGCGGGGAGAGGAAGAAGGCGAAGCGAGCGAGCGAAGGGAAGGAGAGGUUCGAGGAGUACGAGGCGAGGAAGAGGGAGAGGAGGGAGCGGAAGCAGAGGGCGGAGAGGGCCCUCGACCUGCUGUGCAUCGUGGUGGGGGUCACCGCCUUCGUCGGCUUCUGGUCGUUCAUCCUCUUCAGAUGAGGACCGAACGAGAUCGGCAAUCGAGUACAGCGUGUUCAAACAGUAAACACAAGGUUUAUAGCAUUACAGAGAGAGAGAGAGAGAACGAUAGCAGAGAUUAUUAGCUAGGGUUCACAGAAUUCCUUCAUUCUUCUUCUUCUUCUUCUUCUUCUUCUUCUUCUUCUUCUUCUUCUUCUUCUUCUUCCAGCCGGCAUCGGGUCGGAUCAUGGAAUGGCCGAUGCUGAGCCGGUCGAGGAUGCACUGUAGAUCAAAUAAAAUAGCAUUUGUCAUCAACAGUUUUUUAUAUAAGCAAUUCUUUCGACCGG